UCUCGCACGUGAAGAGAGCUCGUUGGACGGGGCCGUCCGAGGACGGGUCCACCUCCGAGGACGACGCGACGCCUCGCCGAGAAACGGGCCAGGGGAAACGGGUUGCCCGAAAAUCUCGAGCCCGAGACGCCGCGACGCCGCGACUUCUUCUCUUCUCGCCGAUCCGAUUUAUUGUCUUAUGUAAUUUUCUUCGCGAGUGCAUCCACGCGUCGCCGUAUUGCGAACACGCAUGUUGAUAUCGCGCGUGUGUAUGUGUGGCAGCGAGUGAUGCCGUGGCCAUUUUCGCGUGUUUGCCCCUCGCGAGUUUCGUAAUCAUUAUCAGCUCCAUAUUUGAAUUCAACAAUGACCAAAAGACUCCAUGCAACAUGCCACCAGAUAGGCCAGAUGCAUCAGGUAUUGAAACUGACAUAGAAUUGAACUCUACUCAGGGUUAUAAUUUUGGAGAAACAGGUUACACAAUGAAUGACAAGGAGAAAGAAAACGCCAGCGUGCUGGUCGACUCGAAUUCAACAAAUAAAUGUCAGAGCGAAAUUUCUAGAUGUGAAAAAACUGAAAAAAACAUCGAAAAAAAUAAUCAGUCAGAUGAUGAGUUAACAUCUCUCAGUUGGCUGCAUCAACAAAAUUUACUUAAGGGUUUAGAUAUUUCUAACCCAUCCAAAGACAUGAAGCACGAAAAUAUGCUAAAUAAUAAUAUUUGCGACGAUAUGGCGGAUUUUUCUGAAAACACAAAUUCUAUAUCAAGCUUAGAUGAUAGUUUCUGUCCAGAAAGUAAUGGAAAAACCAACGCUGUAACGUUGAACGGAGGCGGACAAAACUAUCAACACUCUACCAAGAAUUGUCAAAAAUCAAUGCAAGUAUAUCAGGAAUCCGCAAAAAGUCACUGCAAUACUUCGCCAAGUAAUCAAACGAAGAUUUCUUUGAGCAACAAUAAUUUGCCAAUGUCUAAUCGCAACAAGCAUCCUACCCAUAUACCAUAUGAUCCUCAUUUACACAGAAAUAGUAAACCGCCGUAUUCAUUUUCCUGCCUUAUAUUUAUGGCCAUCGAAGAUAGUCCUGUAAAAGCGCUACCCGUCAAGGAAGUUUAUGCAUGGAUUCUGGAUCAUUUUCCAUACUUUAGGAACGCUCCUACUGGAUGGAAGAAUUCCGUUAGACAUAAUCUCAGCCUUAAUAAGUGCUUUCGGAAAGUGGAGAAAGCUCCGUUUUCUAUUCUUCAGAAUUUAGGCAAAGGAUCAUUGUGGAUGGUAGAUGCACAGUAUCGCCCGAAUCUGAUACAAGCGUUAUCUCGCGCUCCUUUCCCUCCACCUACGACUCAAAAUUUGUCUUCAUCGGAAAAGCCUCCGAGAAAGUGCGCAAAUACGCGUCUCCCGGAUCCGGUUCUCUUCCCAUAUUUAUCCAAAAGACUGGCGUCUAGCAAUAUCAGCGAUAACGCAGAAACUGAGAUAGAUAGUGAGGUUGAUGCAGCUGCAGCUGCUAUGCUUUCUUUUAAACAUGGACCCAUCAUUUUAAGUCACAAUAAAGAUCGUAAACGAAAAUUACCGGAAUCCGAAAAAUUGGUGCCUGUGAUCACCAGGAGUUCCAGCGAAGAUCAUACUUAUAGUUGUAUUACCUCGAUAAAAUUGGGAAGCAAACAUUCGAGCGAGGAAGAACUGAAUGUAGAUUUUGAUGAACAGAGAAAAAUUGCGGAAGGUGCGGAUGCGCUUCUGAAUUUGGCCGGUGUUAAUACAGCACUAAAUCACAAUAGAACACAGCAUCACACGGUAACACAAGACAUUAAUCCGGCGCCAAAACUAGAAGGUAAUUCAAAACCAAAAAGACGCUCUGCUACGAGUGAUUAUUCAAGUACUUCUGAGAAAAGGCGUAAAAGAUGGCGAGAAUGGGGAGAGGGAAAUCGAUGUGUAAAGCAGAUUAGGGGUUAACAUCAACAAAUUUUGUUACAUUUAAAAUAUAUCGCAUCGAGAGCUUUCCAUUUCCAUUUGCACGCGCGACAAAUGGAAACGUUUGAAAAUUCUAGUAACAAGUCUAGUAACAAAAGGAGCACUUUCGUUUCAUAGUAUUGUCUGUAAAUUCUUCAUAUUUCUAAAUUACGUGGCAACAAUUUUUAUGGAAAUAUCUUUGUGUGAUCGAGUCGAUUUCUCAUCGCGUAAAUAUACAGAAUUGCGCAUGUAAAUUCUUCCAUAAUUUCUAGUUUUUGCUAGAAAGAAGAGGGUUGUUGAAUGCAUUUUGAAAUGAUCGGUGUGGUUGCUCAGGGUUUACAACAUGCUAUAUGCCAAAAUACAUUCGGUAGCACUAAACAACAAGCAAUAAUAGAGAUGUAGCGUUAAAGAGAUACUUUUUAAACACACUGUUGAAACAUGAUACGAUUGAAUAGCUUGUCAAGUAUCAAAGAAAGAAAUUAUUAUUACAUACUGAAGAGAAUAACAGUAAUCACAUUUUAAAACUGUUGCGAGACGAUUAUACAUAUUAAGUCAUAGAGAGUUUAAUUAAUGAUAAAGUCCUAUAUCGAUUUUUCUUUUUUGUAGAUAUGUAUAGAAGCGUAAUUAGCACAUCUACUGUCGAGAAUAACAAGACUAAUCUUUUUUCAAGUCGCGACGUGGUAAAAUACGAAAAUAGUAAAUCAUCUUAUAUCCGAUGUAUUACCAUAUUUCAUUCAAAAUAAGAAAAAUUAGUCUGGUUAUUUCUGCGACAAAUCGUAUAUUCGAGAGAGAUAGAAAAUUGAUAAUAUAUAUGAAAACACACAUAUACACAUUUUUAUGUAUAUGUGUAUAUAUACAUAUAUAUAUAUAUAUAAAGUGUAUGUAUAUGUGCAUGUAUAUGCAGAUGUGUACACAUAGCACACAUUAAACCGAUACAAACUUAUUCACUAUAUACAAUCGAACUUUUUUAUUCUCAACUUAUCAGACUCAAACAUCCUCUUUAUUCGCGAUUUUUCCCUCGUUUUCCAUUCGUUGAUUGCAUACGCGUAGAAUAAAAAUGUACAAUCGCGUUCAAAUAUGUGUCCAUAAUUUCACUAGUCACUUUUGUUUUACGCGUUUAUUAUUAAACGUGAAGAAAUAACCGGAAGACAUCGCGAAUAUAGGAUAUAGUUUAUGAAAGUUUAGCUGAUUGAGAAUAAAGGAAUUCUGUAUAUACGUAUAUGCAAGAUACUCCUCAAUUUACUCGUAGAAAUAACGUAAAAGUACGUGCAAAAAUGAGCGACGGAAAUGUUCAUGUCUUUUUUUUAUUCCCAAUACUUUGCUAGACAAAAGACACAAAUGUAUACGCCAUUUACAUAAAUGCAAAAUUAUUUAUCUAGAUCUAGGAUCUAGCAAAACCUUUCCAAAAUGUUUACCUUCGAUAAUUUUAAUUAAUCUUUACACGUUUUUUGCUGACGAUUAUACUUCAACUUUAAACAUUAUAGAGAAAAAUAUACAUGUAAUUAAUCUUCUUUAUGAAUUUUCUAUUCUUCGGCUUCUACAUUAAAAUUAUCGGGAUUCUGUUAUAAUUAGUAGAUUCGUAGAUCUCUUACCACAAAAUUUAUACUCCUGUGGAUAAAAAAUUAUCGUUUAUGAAAAGCAUGCACAUUUUUGUGGUUCAGUUUUUCCGUCACGAUGUUCUUUCACGAGAAAUUGGGAGAACCCGGUAUAUAAACAAAUCAUGUGCACCGUUGCACAUGUAUAACAUAUGUGCCACACGCAGACGCAUUAUCAAAAAAUAAAAAAAAUAGAAAAAAAUAAAAGAAAAAAGUCAGAAAAAUUAUUCAAUACACGUUCAACGUGAUUUUGAAACGAGAAGGAAACUUUAUCAUUUCAUAUCUUUUUCUAUACUCUCUUUGUGGCUUUCAAGAUGAUUUUUUGAACAUUGUUGUACAUAUGUAGACCUUCUAAUGUAUCCACAGACCAGUUUUGGUAUUCAGUUAGAGAUUGAAUAUA